AUGCCCCUUCGACUCGGAUCUAGUCAAGCAUAUGCCACCAAUGGAGCAAGUGAGAUCAUUUCCUCCAUUUACACAGCUGCCUGUGGCACCCUGUGGGGUUUGGUUGAAGUACAUAGCACUAUAGCAGUGACCGCUCCUCGUUCACAGCGUCACUUUGCCACCAUGGACGGCCUGAUUUUGGAAGGAAAAGAUGACGGCAAGAGCAACAAGGUCCACAUUCGAAUGCAGCAGCGAAACGGAAGAAAGUCCUGGACUACGGUGGCCGGCUUCCCGGAGUCGGUGCGCCUGCCGAAGUCCGGGAAGGUGCUGCAGGUGGAUUUUGAGAAGAUCUUGCGUGCUCUUAAGAAGACCUUCAAAACAAACGGAGUGCUCAUCAAGGACCCUGACCACGGCAGUGUCAUGCAGUUGCAGGGCGACAUCCGCAAGGAGGUGGCGGAGUUUCUGAUCGAAGUGACAGCCAUCAUAACCAAGGACCAAGUGAUGAUCCACGGCUCGUAGAAGGCCCUGGCGAAAGCUGCCAGUGAAAAACAUGCCCGAUGCACGCUAAGCCGCUAAGUGAUGCGGUGACAUCUGUGCUAAAAACCGUUGGGGUGCAGACAUGGCACGUCAGUUGGCAUGCGCAAUUGCCCGAGCCACCAAAAAUGGUUCCGA